AUGGCCACCUCUACUUUAUCAAAUGAUGAUUUUCACAGAAAUUCUGCCGAUCAACAUCUUGAAAUAUUUGGUCUUAUUUGGCUUGAUGCUGAUGUGAAUAUUAAAGAGAUUCGUAAUACAGAACAACAAUUUCGUUCUAUUAUUAAUCAUUUGAAGAAAUUUCAAGAUGUAAAACAAUGUCAACAAUAUAUUGAAGAAAGAUCACAAAAGGAUCGAUUAGUACUGAUUGUUAGUGGUCGAUUAGGAAGAGAAAUAGUACCUUCUAUUCAUAAACUUCGACAAGUUAUAUCAAUCUAUGUAUAUUGUAUGGAUAAGAAAAGUAAUGAACAAUGGUCUUGUGAAUUUGCAAAGGUGAAAGCUGUUGUUGUUGAACUUGAUGAACUUGUCUCUCGAAUAAAAACAGAUCAUAAAAUUCAGAAAAAAGUGGAAGAACCAUUGUCAAUCAGUGUUCUUAAUACAAGUAUUGAUACAGGCAAAUCAACAAUAGGAGUAAAUGGUGAAUUUGUUUUUUCUCAAGUGCUCAUUGAUUGUCUUUUACGACUAAAAUCUACUCAAACAGACAUAAAUGAACUUAUUAAUUAUUUGAAAAAUGAAUAUGAAGGACCAUUACGAGCACCUGCUAUUGACAUUCAUCCGAAUGCAACAUGGCGACAAGACGGUAUCACUGUGGCUGGAGGAAAUGGCAAAGGCAAUGAACUCAAUAAACUUGAUAACCCACAUGGUUUAUAUGUUGAUGACGAUCAAACAAUUUAUGUCGCCGAUUACUUGAAUCAUCGUAUUGUAGCAUGGAAAUACGGUGCAACGAGUGGUCAAGUAGUUGCCGGUGGCAAUGGAGAAGGGAACGGAACUAAUCAGUUACAUCGUCCUCACGAUGUGAUUGUCGACAAAGAAAGAGAUAGUCUUAUCAUUUCUGAUGCGGGAAAUUAUAGAGUAGUCAGAUGGCCUCGUCGAAAUGGCGCUAGUGGAGAAACAAUUAUCUCGCACAUCGAUUGUAUGGGCUUGAUAUUAGAUCAGACUGGAUCUCUCUAUGUCUCUGAUUGUGCGAAACAGAAAGUUUUACGAUAUAGAAUUGGUGAUUUUGGAGGAACCUUGGUUGCAGAUAGUGUUGGGAUAGGACAUUGUAUCGAUCAACUCUAUAACCCCUGCUACGUAUUUGUCGAUCAAGAUCGUUCAGUGUACGUGUCUGAUUCAGGAAAUUAUCGUGUGAUGAAAUGGGAAGAAGGUGCAAAAGAAGGCAUUGUUGUAGAGGGUGGUCCAGAACAAAUCAAUGAUUUUUCAAAAAUGCACGGUCGUACAGGAGUUGUUGUCGAUCAAUUGAAUACUGUCUAUGUGGCUGAUUAUUACAAUCAUCGAAUAAUACGUUGGCCCAAAGGAGCCACACAAGGAAGUGUAAUUGCUGGUGGGAACGGUCGAGGAAAAGGAUCGAAUCAAUUAUUUUUUCCUCAAGGUUUAUCAUUCGACCGAUAUGGCAAUCUAUACGUUGUCGAUCAAGGAAAUUGCCGAGUACAAAAAUUUAAUAUUAAACAGAUGACAAACUAA